AUGAGGCUCCUGCACUGGAUGCUCCUCCUGGCUGUCGUGGCCGCGUGCGUGGCCACAGCAGCCGAGGAACACCACCGCGAGAGGCGAGGCCUCUUCGGACUCUUCGGCAAAAAGCGCUCCGGCCGAGGGCGCGGCCACGGACAUGGCGUUAUGGUGCUCCUUCUGGUGGUCACGGAGGUGGAGGCGGUGGACACAGCGGUGGACACAGCGGAGGAGGCGGUGGACACAGCGGAGGAGGCGGUGGACACAGCGGAGGAGGCGGUGGACACAGCGGAGGAGGCGGUGUACACAGCGGAGGAAGUGGAGGAGGCGGUGGAUAUGGCGGAGGCGGAGGCGGUGGACACAGUGGAGGAAGUGGAGGAGGCGGUGGAUAUGGCGGAGGUGGAGGCGGUGGACAUGGUGGAGGAGGCGGCGGUGGACACAGUGGAGGAAGUGGAGGAGGCGGGAGGAAGUGGAGGAGGCGGUGGAUAUAGUGGAGGCGGAGGCGGCGGACACGGCGGAGGAAGUGGAAGCAGUGGUGGAGGCUACGGCGGGGGAUCGGGAGGAAACAUCGACGUAUCUGCUUCAUGUAAGGCUUGCAGUGAAUUUAAGUGGGUGCCGAUUCCGGGACCGAGUGGCGGCAAUAGACAGCCAAAGCAGAGCUACGGAGCACCAACACAACCUGAACAAAGUUAUGGAGCACCAGCGCAACCUGAACAAAGCUACGGAGCGCCAGCGCAACCUGAACAAAGCUACGGAGCGCCAGCACAACCCGAACAAAGCUACGGAGCGCCAGCACAACCCGAACAAAGCUACGGAGCGCCAGCGCAGCCCGAACAAAGUUACGGAGCGCCAGCACAGCCUCAGCAGAGUUACGGAGCUCCUGAGCAGCCUCAGCAGAGUUAUGGAGCUCCUGAGCAGCCUCAACAAAGCUACGGAGCGCCAGCACAGCCUCAGCAAAACUACGGAGCUCCAGCACAACCUCAGCAAAGUUAUGGAGCGCCAGCACAGCCUCAGCAAAACUACGGAGCUCCAGCACAACCUCAGCAAAGUUACGGAGCGCCAGCACAGCCUCAGCAAAACUACGGAGCUCCAGCACAACCUCAACAGAACUACGGAGCGCCAGCACAGCCUCAGCAAGACUAUGGAGCUCCUCAGCAAGCCACUCCUCAAAAAGACUACGGCCCUCCGUCCCAGCCUCAGCAGAGCUACAGCUCCCCUCAAACCUCCCAGCCUCAGCAAAGCUACAGCUCCCCUCAAACCUCCCAGCCUCAGCAGAGCUACAGCUCCCCUCAAACCUCCCAGCCUCAGCAAAGCUACAGCUCCCCUCAACCUUCCCAGCCUCAGCAGAGCUACAACUCCCCUCAAACCUCCCAGCCUCAGCAGAGCUACAGCUCCCCUCAAACCUCCCAGCCUCAGCAAAGCUUCAGCUCCCCUCAAGUGUCUCAGCCUCAGCAAAGCUACAGCUCACCCCAGCCUUCCCAGCCUCAGCAGAGCUACAGCUCCCCGCAACCUUCCCAGCCUCAGCAAAGCUACAGCUCCCCGCAACCUUCCCAGCCUCAACAGAGCUACAGCUCCCCGCAACCGUCCCAGCCUCAGCAGAGCUACAGCUCCCCUCAGCCAGCCCAGCCUCAGCAAAGCUACAGCUCCCCGCAAGUUCAGAACAUUGUCAGCCAGCCGAUCAGUCUGCAGCCACAGCCACUGCCGCAGCUCUCCAGCUCUGGCUUCGUUCAGCAGGCGAGCCAGGAUUACGGAGCUCCUCAGCAGCAGGACAUCAUCAGCCAGUCACAGGCCAACAGCUUCACUUCGCAGCAAAGCUUUGGCGCCCAACAGACGUUCGGUCAGCAAAUUAAUAGCGAUUACGGCGCUCCGCAGCAGGGAGAUGUGAUCAGUCAGGCACAAACAAACAAUUUUGCUGCCCAACAGUCGAGCUUUGGUCAACAAGUGAAUCAGCAGUACGCGGUUCCUCAGCAGCAAAAAUUUAGCUCCCAACAGAGCUUUGGCUCUCAAUCCAGCUUCAGUCAGCCAAUCAACCAAGACUAUGGUGCCCCGCAACAGCAGGAUAUUGUCAAUCAGAAUCAAGUCAGCAGUCUGGGCUCUCAGCAAGGUUUCAACCAGCAAGCGAAUACCAACUACGUUGCACCGCAACAGCAAAGCUUUGGCUCCCAGCAGAGCUUUGGCCAGCAGGUGAACCAGGAUUACGGUGCGCCGCAGCAGCAAGACAUUGUCAGCCAAUUCCAGGCCAACAGCUUCUCUGCUCAGCAAGGCUUUGGUCAGCAGGCGUCUUCUGCGCAGCCGGGCGGCUUUUCAAACCAGUUUGUCGGCUCCACGGCACAGAGUGUUGGUAAUGGAGCGUCUUCCUCCGGGCGUCAGCCGGGUCAGGAGUACGGACCUCCCGUCUCCAACGACAUCCUCACCGGACCCCUGCCGGCGGGGGUGUCCGUCAUCGGCAGCUCCGCCCGGUCGCCGUCCUCCUCCCAGCCGCCACGGCAGGGGUACGGACCUCCGGCCGGAGACAGCCUGCUUGGGGGACAGUCCUCUGGCGGGACUCUGCAGAGCUCCACCGCCUCCGCGACACAGGCCGUCAACGGCUUCGGUCCUCUCUCAGAGUCCAGCGUCCUGACGGGCCCCGCUCCGGUCACCCAGCCGCUGCUCCAGGCUCAGCAGAACGUCCAAGGGGCGACUUUCGGACAGGGACAAAAUACACAGGCCCAGGCCGCUGUUUCGACGGAAAGCUAUCAGGGAUACGGUCCCCCGACGGGAAACAGCGUCGUCACUGGCGAUCAGAGCUCGUUUGGAGACAUCUCGAGUGGCGCUAGCGGCGGUUUCGUGGCGCAGAACCAAGUGCAGGGAGGUCUGUCAGGGGGAAGCCUCAGUGGCAGCCCAAGCCAGGUGCUGGACCAGGGCUUCAUCGCCAACCCUGGCGGCGAUGGUAGCGUUGUCCAGGACUACCUGCCUCCGACUGGAAACCAGAUUGACUCUCCCGUCGGCCAGACCAGUCAGGGCAACAGUCAGAUCUUGGACAUUGACAUCCGCGGCGGGAGUGCCCUGAACGUCCAGCAGACGGCACAGCAGGGCCAGGUACAGCAGCAGCAGCUAGGGGAGGUGCUGACGGCCAAUCAGCUGCAGCAGGACGUGCAGAGGCCCCAACAGGACGAAAUCAUCACCGGCACCCGUCUGAUCCAGGCACAGGGCGAAGUUCAGACGACUGUCGAAAGCGGAGCGCAGGACGUCCAGCAGUUUGUCGACGCUCAGCAGCAGGCGGCCUUCGGUGACGUGUUCACCGACUCUGGGAUCCAACAGGAUCAGCAGCAGUACCAGCAGGACACGUCACCAGAGGCUGGAGCCCUGGACGUGCAGCAGUUUGUGCAGAGCCAGCAGCAGGGAGCGUUCACCGACAUCCGCACCGGGUCGCAGCUGCAGCAGGAACAGUCGGUGGAGAGUGGAGCCGAAGCUGUGCAGCAGUUCGUCCAGGAACAGCAGCAGUCGGCGUUCGGUGACGGCUCUCAGCAGCAAGAGGUGGAGCAGGCCCUGUUUGGACAGCCCGUCUCGGGCUCCCAGCUGCAGACCUCAUACGACGACCAGGCUGAGCAACAGCAGAACCAGGUACAGCAACAAAGCAACGGCGUCCUCAUCGACGCCACCUCGAAUUCCGACGGACAACAGACUACGUUUGUGAAUAGCCAGGAGGGCUCCUUCGACACCAACGUAAUCGGCGGCAGCCAGAGCGCUGUCGGUGGCAACGUGUUUGGUGGGAGCGUCAUUAGUGACGGUCAGACUCAGGUGCAGGGAUCGUUCGCCGGUGGUUUUAUCCAGGGCGACGGCGGCUCACAGCAGAGUCAGGUGUUCGUGGACGGAUCUUCCACCGACCAGCAGGACGGCGCUCUGCAGACCGGCUUUGGAGAUGUCGUCACCGGUCAGGACGACAACGGCUUCACGGCGUCUGACGGCUUCCAGUCGCAAACCACUGAUAAUGGAGGUUUCACCCAAACCAGCGUGGGCGGUUCCCAAGACGCAUCCCAGACGGUUAUCAGCGACGGCGGAUUUGUCAGCGACCAGACUUUCACCUCCACUGAUGGCUCUUCGGGUCUGGACGUGCGGGCCCAGGGUCAGCUGCUGACCUCGGUCAGUGACCAGGGUCAGCAGGAGGAGCAGUACGACUACUCGGCGCCGGCCAGCCAGUUCCAGGAGGGACAGCAGCAGACCAGCGUCAUCCAAGACAGUUUUGGAAACGUCCAGCAAACCUUCGAAGGCGACAGCUCCGGAGUGACUGGUGAGAUCAUAUCACCUGGAUUCGAAGAAUCCAGCACAGGAGACUUCGAUGCCAGCGCCGGUGGUGGUGAGACUAUUUCUUCGGAGAAUGAUAUCACCUCAUUCGCCGGAGAGGUCACAGACGCGGGCGUUACUACAGACGGUGAGAUCAGCUCACCGGGUACUGAGGACGUGUCAUCCAGCAAUGACAUCACUGCCUCUGACUACGAGGCGUUCUCGACAGGCGGAGACGUCGACGGCACCUUCGUGGACGACAACACGGCUCCCGGGGUCCUGGUCGGUGGAUCAGCCACCGACUCCAGCUCAACCUCAACAUCCGUUUCAGAUUUCAGCUCCAGCUCCGAAUCCGGCCUGGGCGUCACAGGGGCUAGCACGUCGACAGAUGAGGUCGAUGACUUUGACAGCAGCGUAGCGCCGUUGACGGAGGCGCUACCAGCGCUUGCAGCCUACGGGUCAUCCGCUGACCGUCUUUCAGAGAGUACCUCGCCUGCCGAGGAAGCAGCUGCGGUCAGCACGUCUUCUGUAGACUCGGGGGAGGUCGCUACGCAGGUGAUCGACUCCGGUGUGUCAGAGACUACCUCCGAGGUGGCGGACAUCCCGGCGGUCGGCUCGGCGGCCUCCGCGGUCGGCUCGUUCGUGGACGGGACGACCGAGGAGGCGCUGGUGGAGGUAGUGGAGGACCCGGUGGUGACUGAACAGGUGCCACUCCUCGGAGGAGAGGAAACCACUUCCGAGGCAGCCCCGGCCGCAGGGGAGGCGCAGGAGCAGCAAGAGGUCCAGCCGCAGCCUUCCGAGUACCUGCCGCCGCCGACAGAUGCCCCAGCGCCCGACUUCGACGUUCGCGCCAUUCUCCAGCAGCGUCGUAGGAGGCUCGCUCUGAGGAGAGGGCGAACGUGGGGCUAGCUGGCCACCUCUGAAGACGGUGGCACUAUCGUCCCGGUGACUCCCGGCGGGCUCGAGCGCUCGCACUAGUCCGCUCGAGACUCCGCCUGCGAACCGAGAGCGACCAUCGGACGAGAAAUGUCGGUCGGGCUCAACAUGCGGACUCCUCUGUGUGGGAUGUACAAACUGUUCGCUGAACGUGUGCGAAUCUGGCAGUGAGAGAGGUCGCGAGAGGUCGUGAAAGUGACUGGAAACGGUAGAGGAUCUAGUGACGUCGGGAGUGGAGGAUUGAAGCCGUGGUUAGAUUGUCCCGGAUUUGUCGAGGAAUCCUCAGUCAGAUGGAAUCGUUAAUCAAAGCAUUCCUUGUCCGUUGCUUUCUUGGGUUACCAGUUGUGUAGACUUAACAUAUUGUUAUUUUAUAUUGACGUCUGUGUGAGCCAUACCCGUGUGAAUACAACGAAUAUAAUAUUCGCUAU